UCUGUCUUGAGCCGAAAGUUCUGAACCAUUCUUCCCUCCGGCAAGGGCCACGCUGCUCGUCUAUCUACCCCCCCUCUCUCUCUCUGUGUGUGUGUGUGUGUCUCUCGGCGACUUUUAACAUACACAACUUUGAUAUUUUCACGUGCAAUUAGAUUUGUGUUGCGCGGAAACGAUUGAAAUUGAGAACGAAAUUUGGCGUCGAGCCUUCGACAACGCCAUCACGUCUUUUGGCUCAGUGUGUGACUAGUGUGUGUGUGUGUGUGUGAGUGAGUGUGUGGAGCCGACCCUGACAGAAAGAAAGAAAAAAAAAUACACACAUCAACAGUUUGGUGGAGGGUUUGAAAAACCGUGUGUGUUAAAUAAAGAGUGCCACAAGAUUUUUGGGUAACGAUGGACUACCACUUGUUUGAUUCAUUUGAUUGUGCGAUUGCCUCACUUGUGUGUGUGAACAUUUUGUGAACUCAAAAGUUGGACAAGGAUUUUUCAGUCCUUUUGGCGCGCUGUGUUGUGUGUUGGUCGGCGCCAUCUUGGUGCGGCCCUAAACCCACCUGCCUUCCAUCCUCUCUCGAUAGUCUUUUUUUUUUUUUGUUUUUUUUUAAAGAUUUUCUUUCCCAUUUAUCUUUUCUUAAAUUAUUCGACGUAGUGCCUGACUCGACCAUUCCAUUGGACAUUUAUCUUUUUUUCCCUACUGCAAUUUAUCAUCAAUUGAAUCGUGUGCUGAUCCACCUGUUUGAUCGACUCAGCCAAGUGUUUUGUGUGUGACGACUAGUAACAUCGAACAAAGUUUGAAAACUCAAAGAAUGGCCGACAUGAGUCCGAUGGCAGAAGAUUUGGACACGAACCACAACGACAACAAUCACAGUCCAGCUGGAUCGGCUGGUUCUGUCGGCUCUGGCGGCUCGACCGGUGCGGGCAUCCCGAUGCUGGUCGUUCACAAACGCGAAAUGGUGCAGAUCCUGGAAGACCACCACCACCAGCAAGAACAAAACAACCAUCACGGCGGCCAACAUGGCCAACAUGGUGGAAUGGAAGCCGACGACGAUGGCCAGCCGAUCGACGACCAAGACACGGACGGCGACGCUUUGUCACCUCAGAAAAGGCCGCUCAACAACAACAACAACGACGUGGCCACAGUCUUCCUCAUCGACACGUCAGAAGUGGGGCCCGGUCACGAUGACGCCGAUCAAGCCGUCGAAGUAGACGAGCCGCCCUAUUUCCCGCCGCCGUUCCCGCCUCAGCAGCAAGUCGGCGUCGAGUUCCACCCAUCGUCCGGCUCUGUCCAGUUGGGCAAUUCGUCCGGCAACAACGACCCGUACUCUCUCAACGUCCAUCAGAGCCACUAUUCAACCCACAGCCAAAUCCAGCGCACGCACGAAGUCCUACGACGUGCCGAACAUGAAGCCCUCGAUUGCGUUUUUGUGUCGCAGACGGGCAACGUUCACUUUUCGUACGACCCAUCGGGAGGACGCGGAGGCAACGGAGGUCGAGGCGAGAGUACCCAGUACAAUGUUGUCCGACGGCCCGAUGUUCUCGUCCAGGCCAGUCAUCACGUGCUCGACUCUGGCGAGACGAUCGUCAUUCCAGGCAAUCUCGCCUCCACGCCGCUUUCAUCUCACCACAAUAUCGACGACGGACAGACUCCCAGCGUCGAGAGCGAUUCCAAUUUCAUAUCCACCGACCAGAUGUCCAUCGUCAAAAAGGAAUUUGAUGUGUUGCUGUCUGGCCCAGUUUCUCCAACGGACGUGUUCUGCUCGGUGCCCGGCCGCCUGUCUCUCCUGUCGUCCACAUCCAAGUACAAGGUGACGGUCGGCGAAGUCCAGCGACGCCUCUCGCCGCCCGAAUGCCUCAACGCCUCCCUCCUCGGCGGAGUCCUUCGCAGAGCCAAAUCGAAGAACGGAGGACGCGAGCUGCGCGAGAGUUUGGAGCGGAUAGGACUGAGUCUGCCGGCGGGGCGUCGGAAGGCGGCCAACAUCACGCUGCUCAGCUCCUUAGUCGAAGGCGAGGCGAUUCACCUGGCGCGCGACUUUGGCUACGUCUGCGAGACCGAGUUCCCUUCACGGCAAGUGGCCGAAUACCUCUGCCGCCAACACACGGACCCUAGUGACCAGUACCGACGAAAAGAACUCAUUCUAUCAACCAAACAAAUCACCAAAGAGCUGAUGGACUUGCUCAACCAGGACAGAUCUCCGCUAUGCAACACGCGGCCGCAGAUUAUCCUGGAGCCGAACAUUCAACGUCAUUUGACGCAUUUCUCGCUCAUCACUCAUGGAUUCGGCAGCCCGGCCAUUGUUGCCGCCCUCACCGCCAUUCAGAACUUCCUGAACGAGUCUCUGAAGUAUUUGGACAAGAUGUACCCGACGUCGGUGACAUCAAUGUCCGACGGGAAGUCCAAAGACAUGGACAAGCAGAAGUAAUACGGCAGCAGCAGCAGCACCGGCGGCGGCAUUGGUGGCAGUUUAGUAGUUAGGUCUAAUCAAGACGCGCAACGAGGACUUGACUGAUGGAAGAAGAAGAAGAAAAACCAAGAUGUUUUUUUGGUUGUUGUUGUGUUGUGUGUUGUGUUUUUCUUCUAUGAACAUAAAAAGAAAAGAAGAAAUGACGAAGAAAUCGCUGCUGUUCUAAACAUGUAAAACGCCGCAGCCCAAGCCAGCGAAAAAAAAAAGAAAAACGUUAUUAAAAAUUGAAACUUCCUCUCGGUGUGCUCAACCAGCCAAAAAGACAACAACAGCAACAACAAAUAAUGAUUACAUGAAAGGAAAUUAAAGAAAUUACUCGUUUGAAAACGACAACGGUGCGGAAGGAGAUCUAUCGAUACGAACGGAAAAGGAAGAAAGAAUGAAUGAAGAAAAGGCAGCAGCAGUGAUUGAUUUGUUUGUUUGUUUGUUUGUUUAGCUCUUAUUUUUUCCCGUUUCUCUCCUUUUCUUUCCCUCUAGAUGGAGCGAGAGCAAAAGAAGUUUUGCAAUUCAUUCGUUUUUUUUCUUUCCUUCUCUCCUUUUUCGUGUCUCUUCUUUUGCGUGCCGAAUUCCAUCACAUUCUGACAAAAAAAUGCGAAAACACACAAACAUUCCCAAUUCCCCCAUACUCUUGUUUAAUUUCUCUUUAAAAAGAAAUCUCUUGUUCUCCUCAUCUGUGUGUGUGCGCGCGCGCGUGUGUGUGUAGAUCGGUGUCUAAAAAUCCGCCCUCCCAAAUUUACCUUUUUUUCAAAAAAGAGUGUCGAUGAUAACACACACCAGCUCGUUGUGUAUUUGUUUAGAACGUGACAACAAGUGAGCGGCCAGCGUUUGUUUUUUCUAUUAUCCAUAUAGCGCGUGUUAUGUACAUGCCGUUGUUUGUUGUCAUCAUUCCUCUUUUCUCUCUCUCUCGCUCGAAGACUCUCCAAAAGUGUCCAGUUUGUCUCUCUCAUUUUUAUAAUUGUUUUCCCUUCUCUUUUUUCUACGGUGGGGGGUUGGGCAGGGGCUUUUUCCGCAUCUCUUUCGAAUCGAAAGGACAAAAUUCAUUCGAAUUUGGAAUUGGAUGAAAAGGCGGUGACGAUCGCCAUCCCCCCCCACAUAAAAUUUGUUUUUUUGUUUUUGCAAAUACUCGGGCCAUUUUCUUUCUUUCUCUCUCUUGUGUGUAUGAGCGUUUAGAUCUGAUCUAUUUACUUUAUAAUAAUUCAUUCCGUAAUGUUUAGGACUCGCACCCGCUCUUUGGCAUCUCUUUCUCUCUCGCACGUUUGUGACUUCCUCAUUUUUCGUUGACAGCAUGGCCACCCAAAAAUAGCGACAGGAGUGAACGGGACGGUAAAAGAUGAUGACACGCUUUGAUGCUGGGCAAUUGCACAGUAUCAAGUUUAGCGUGCGCUUCGUUCUUUUUUUAUUCGACGAUUUUUCAACGACGCUAAAACUUGGAGCGUGUCGUGUCAAAAUGGGGAAAAGAAGAAGAAAUAUUAUAUAUACCAAGUAUAGAAGUAAAAAGAAAAAUAGAAGCGAAGGUGACGGCAGGGACGGAGAGAAAGAGAGCGGCGUGUCUGAUGCAACUUGAAUUUUUGUCCUGUUUUUUUUUCCUCAUCUCAUCCAAGAUAUAUAAUAAUAAUAAGUGAAACACACACGAAAGAAAGAAGAAAAAAAACCAAACAAGUGAAUGAUGAAGUAAACCAAGGCCAUGACAAAUGUAAAAGUUUCAAAGCGUUUUUUCUCUCUCUAUCUUUGCCUUUUCUUUUUUUUAAGUGUCGUUGUGUGCUGCCCCCGCUCCUCUUAUAUAAAAAUGUGUUUUUGUCUUGGUACCUUACUCGCCAACAUCACACAGACUUUCUCUCUAUUUCUCCCUUUUUUUGCUGUUAUUUUCGAUGAUGAAAAUUAAGAGGCAAACAAAGACAAAAGAAAAUAACAAUCAUAAUAAUAUUGAAGUAAUUUUUUUGUAUUAAUAGAAAAAAAAUUGGGCCGGUCAUCUUACUUAAUUCGCUCUUGUAUGUGUGCGUUAAUGAAUGAAUGCAAUUUUGGUGUGUGUUGUGUAUGUAAGAAAUGUGAACAUUUUGCGCAAAGAGAAAAAAAAAUCAGUAAAGGCCAAAAUAAUUUAUCCUCGUUUUUUUUAUCGAUCUUCCGCCUAUUUCCCCUCAACAUAGAUCCCUUCCCUUUUUACACUCAAGAAAAUUACCUUUACCUUUAUCAAUCUGAUAUUCUUGUGUCCUUUUUUUUACGUUUCCUGUGUCUUUCUAUAAAAGAGAAAGAAGAUUUUUUAAAAAAGUGAAAUCAAUUCCGGAAGAGCCACAGUACACACACACACACACAGCCGCAGUAUUUCCACGAGUGCGAAUAUGUGCGAUUAUUUUGGGGUGAUUUGUUUGUUUGUUUGUUUCUCUCUCUCUCUCACCCCUGUUCAUCCAUCCCUUUUUCCUCCUCCCUCAAUCAAUAGUGUGCGUAGUAUUAUAAUAGCGAAUUUGUUUCAAAGUGACUCCUCCUUUCCUUUUUGUUUUUGGAUUUUUCAAUUCCUCAACCCGUCCGCAACCCCCUUCCUAAUUACAAAAGUUUAAAAAAGAAAUUCAAAUCUCUUUAUGAGCACUGAACGUGUGAUCGUGUCCACGUCUCAACUCUUUCUCUCCCGUUUUUGUUUGUUUCAAUUCAACAUCGAAUGCGAACUAACGUGUUUUGUUAAUUUGUUUUUGUUUGGUUUUUCUGUUUGUUUUUUUGGGAGGGGAAAAGAGGAAGGAAAAAGAUCGACUUUGGGUAUUUUGUAUUUCCUCUCUCGGCACCCUUCGUUUUGUAAAACUUUUUUUCUUCCCCCAAUCCGAACCCAAAUUCAAAAAAUCCCCUUUUUUUAUCGUUGGCCUCUUCAUACAAACACAGACAGAAAAACAUUUCCAGACGGGAAAGUUUUUUUUUUUUUUUUCUUCUUCCUUCCUUCUGUUACUUUCUUGUUCUUUAUCACGACCGGCUAAAAAAGAAUAACAUUUUUCUCCAGCAAGCAGUAUACAAAGAAAACAAAUCUGACUAAAAAGAAACAAAAAAAAAAGAAAGA